AGGUUUCUCUCCCACUCGAUCACCUCCCAUCUCCAAUUACCUUCAUUCUCCUCUACCAUUUAACAUAGUUCAUACAUUAUUCGUUUUUUAAAGUUUUAUGGGAGGUGAACCCAAUCCGCUUCUACAUUCGUCCUCUCUGUCUUUGCCAUCUAUCAAUCAAAAAAGCCCUGUCUGGGCUACUGUUCUGCUUCUUCGUCGUCUUCUACAAUGUGCAGGUGCAGCAGUUUUUCUGUAAUCAUCAGAAGAAAUAAUCACUAGGGUCCAGUCCAAAACAGUACCACUUCUUCUUCCAAUCUUCUUGACCAUUACAUAGAACCACAAAAGGAGUCGGAAUAAGCAAAGUUCCCGGCGGAAACAAAAAGGAAAGGGAAGCCAUAUGGAUCUAAUCUCUUCCUGCUCCCCUUCUUUAAUCCUCGCCUUUGUUUUGCUACUAAUGUGUAGAGGUGCUUCAGGAGCUGUAUUUAUGUUCGUAAACAAAUGUGACUACUCAGUGUGGCCAGGAAUCCUAGCCAAUGCCGGCAGCCCAACGUUAGAUAGUACAGGAUUUGAGCUCCCGACUGGAAGCUCUCGUUCCUUCCAGGCUCCAACAGGGUGGUCAGGGCGAUUCUGGGGCAGAACGGGUUGCAACUUCGACGCUGCCGGCCAAGGCAUAUGCUCAACUGGAGACUGUGGGUCAGGCCAAGUAGAAUGCAACGGCGCAGGCGCUGCUCCACCUGCAACACUCGCAGAGUUCACCCUGGGCUCAGGGACUCAAGAUUUCUACGAUGUGAGCCUGGUAGAUGGGUACAAUCUGCCGAUGAUGGUGGAUGUGAGUGGAGGCACGGGUACCUGCUCGUCUACAGGUUGUAUCACAGACUUGAACAGGCAAUGCCCCACAGAGCUGAGACUAGGAAAUGGGGAUGGUUGUAAGAGUGCGUGUGAGGCUUUCGGGAGCCCGGAAUACUGUUGCAGCGGCGCCUUCAAUGCUCCUUCGGUUUGCCGGCCGUCGGUGUACUCUGAAAUGUUUAAGUCUGCUUGCCCGAGAUCCUAUAGUUAUGCUUAUGAUGAUGCUACCAGUACCUUUACCUGUUCGGGAGCUGAUUAUAUCAUCUCCUUCUGUCCUUCUUCUGGGACUAGUCUGAAGAACACAAGAGAUUCGACUCCAACCACAGGAACCACAACAGACAGUUCAGGAUCGGGGAUGGUCACACAGUCAGGAACAGAUUCAGGGUCAGGGGCCAGUGCUAUGUUGGCUGAUACAUCAAUGUUAGCAGCUUUGGCCACCGGAGACUCAACCAGGACCCUUUCUUCUUCUGCACUUCAAUCCACACUCAUCACAGCAGCUGCCACCGCUCUCAUCCUCCAUUUCCUUCACUUGUGGUCUCUCUUAUCUUGUCUUUCAAAGAGAUGGAAAGAAGACGAGCCACCAUCAUCUCCAUUCUUGUCGUCUACUGAGCCCCAUUCUUAAUGGACUCGUAAAAGGGUUAGAAGGUUGAUGGUGACUCUGGGUUUUGCCUUGUUUAGGAUUUAGGAAGUCGGAUUGAAUCAAAUUGUAAUUUGUAAACCACCAUUGUCAGAUUCCUCAUAUGUAAUGUGAGAAAUGUAUUUGCAUA